AUGUCUGUUAACCUGGCAGAGAUGAAGGUCACUGUGGCAUCACCUCUCCUGAUUGGACUCCUCCUGUGUGCUGCUGAAGACUUCACACAGCCCCCCAGUAUCAAUGUACAGGCCCCCAAGGUGUUCAUAUACAGACAAAAAGAAAGUGUGGAGUUGCCCUGUGUAGCUUCAGGAAGUCCACAACCUUCAUAUUCAUGGUACAAAGACAAAGAAUAUUUGGAGAUAGGAAAUCUGCCGCGUUACACCCUCCAACCUAACAUAGGCACGCUGGUGAUCACUGACCCCGAAGACAAGGACCAGGGUUACUACCAGUGUAACGCCACCAACGCUUUUGGGACGUCGCUCUCAGUAAAGACGAGGUUAUGGAAAGGAGUUUUGGAGCAGUUUCCGCCCGUUACCGUGCCAACUGUACAUCGUCCCAUAGUUGGUGCCUCCUUGAAAUUGACAUGUAGCCCACCUACCAGUAACCCAGAUGCUGAGAUCUACUGGAACGUCAAUAAAAUACCCCUAAAACUAGACGGAAGAGUUUCCAUAGAUUAUGAUGGUAACCUUUACUUUGCCAAUAUUCUGCCAGAGGAUCAACAGAAUGGAAACAUUUACCGCUGUGUGGCAUACAACAGUCGUCUCAGUGCCACUGUAGAGGGGGAAGAUGCUGUGAUCUAUCCACAGGGAUCCAUGCAGUCCAUAGUGCGUACCAGGCCGCAUUCCCUGUAUGCCACGCCAUACGAAGUCUCGGCACUUCGUGGAGGGAGAAUUGCAAUCAAGUGCAUAUUUGGUGGAUAUCCCACACCCAGGAUUAUCUGGAGGCGGACAGAUGGACGUCCACUGUCCCCUAGACACAGACUGGUCAGCGAUGGUCAAGAGAUAUGGAUUCAGCCAGCAACAUUUGAGGACGAAGGGACGUAUUCUUGUGAAGCCACAAACAGCGAAUCUGAUGUGCCCGUUAACAGUAUUUUUAGGGUUACAGUAGAAUGUAACCACUCCCUACUGGAUAAAUGA